UUAAAGUCGACAACUUCAUCAAUGGUUUGUUCACUUUUGGACAAACUCUGUAAAUCUAAAGCAACUGGCCUAGAUAAAAUAUCUGCUAAGCUUCUUCGCUACUGUCCUGGACCUACUGUCGGAAUCCCUUACCGUAAUUUUCAACUGCUCUGGCUAUCACCGCAGGCAUAA